AUGCAGGUAUAUUUAGUUUUCUGUAUCCUGAGCUGCCUGGCAAUCAGUUGCUUGAGUGCACCACAGUGGCCAGGUUAUGGAUCCGGAGGUUAUGGCUUAGCUCCUUGGGGUGGAUAUGGGAACUAUGCAUCUUCUUCUGCCAGUGCCAGUGCCACAGCCAGCAGUGGCAGCUUUGGCUAUGGACAUGGACAUCGUAAUCCUGGAUAUGGUAUUGGCUGGCCAGGUUAUGGCGGGGGAUUGGGAGGAGGAUAUGGAGGGGGCUACCAUCAACAAUACAAUCAUUAUCAGUACAAUCGAUACGGCCAGUAUGGCUAUGGAUACCCAUUUGGCUAUGGCAAAUAA